AUGGAUCGAGAAGAACAAGAGGACAAACUUUUAUCGAUGGAAAGUACCUGUGAAGCAAAUGUCUGUGAAGGUGAAAAAUCAGGAAACUCUGCAAUAAAUAAAUUCUGUUCAUUACCGUGUUUGUCAAAUCAGGUCGCAUCUACAUUUUGUCAUGCGCCUUAUUCAUUUUCUGAAAUCCAAAAAAGUAAUACACAUGGCUUAGGACCUGAUUCUGUUUACUGCGAAUCACAGAGCCUUGCUCGUUUGCAUGAAGAAAUCGAAAAAGAAAAUGAUUUGUUUACUGCUGUUCAGUGCAACUCUGCAAAAUAUACACUGAAUCGACAUGCAUUGUUGGGUAAAGACUUUUGUAGUGCACACGAAAGUUUGUUGCAUCUCUCACCUGGUAAUAAAGCUUUAAAUGCAAAAAUGAAAAAUAAACUCAGAAUAUUGAAUGAGCGAAAUGAAUUAAGGAAGAAUAAUAUUCGAACUCGAUCAGCAAGAAAAGAAGUUUCAAAUUUUUGCAAUAAAACAGAGGAGAACAAGAAAAGAAUUUAUAUAUCUGCAUUGACGUCUUGGCUGAAUUACAUAUUGGAUGAGAACGAAAUUUUCGAUAAAAAUAAAGAUGCUGAUAAAUACUUGAAGCACCUACUUUUAUUGGAAAAUUGUCAUUCACCAAAUGAUGACGAACUGUAUAACAUGCACAGCUACAAAUAUUUUAUAACCACAAAGGAAUUCACAGUAAUGCGAGCCAAAUUUGUUUCAAUUUACGAAAGCUCACUUAUUCCUGAAAGUAUUGCUUCGGAUAUACAAAAUGAUCACAUAUCAAUUAGAGAGGAUAAAAAAAUUUAUGCUGAUAUUGGAUUGCAAGUAGAACUACUCAAGUUAUUUUUCACCUUCCAUCCAUUUUAUCUUCAACUGGGUUUGGAAAUAAUUCUCUCUAUCAAAAUCAAAGACAGAGCUGGAAGUACAAGCCACAUGAAAACUUUGGCUUCUGUAAUUAGUCAGUACAUUUUUAGGGAUCCAAAAAUAAUGAAUGAUCGAAAAUAUGUGAAGGGUAGAUCGAAAAAUCUUAUAAGUGAUCGUGGCUCGAAACUCUUGGGACAAAACUUUUUAACAAAGAUAUGUCAAUUUUUGUUCAUUGUUGGAAAAGCAUGGAUUGAUCGGCCAAUUCGAAGGAGAAAUCGUUUUAAUUUCCAGAGCAUAGGUGAUGUAGUGGCGGUAUUAAGCAAGGAAUUAAUAGCCGGUCGUUGCAGUCUGCCGAAAAAUCUUCGUUAUUUUGGUUUUGACCUUGAUUCGAAACAAGAUUUUCUUGACGAAUUUCGAUAUCAUGUCACUGACUUGUUGAAAGACUUAAAUGAUGGAGUAAUUCUCGGUCGAGCAGUAGAGGUUUUGGCUAAUCUGGAGUAUGGUGCAGUGAUAAACUGUUUGCGUAAUCCACGAGGUGAUCGGCUUCGUAAGAUGGCAAAUAUUAAAUCAGUAAUUGAUUUAGCUAAACAAAAAGAAGUACUACCAAAAGAUCUACAUGUAGACAUAAUCAGCUUGAUGCAAGGAAAACUUGAUGUUAUAUUAUCAUUACUGGAGCACUUUGUUGGAGUUCAGUUGGGCAUUGGAAAAGAAGUCGACAAUGGGGUUUCUGCAGCUGAUUCCUUAUCUUACGAACUUGAACAUCUGUUUGGCAUUUCUUACAAGAUUGAAAGUCUCCAGGAGCUUGCAGAUGGCAAACUGCUAUCUUUGAUUUGGAAACGGUACUAUUCAUAUGGUACAACAUUUGAAAUGUUUGAUGGCACCACAGUUUUGCAAAAAAUUUUCAAUGCUGCUGAGUAUCAUUUUGGUAUCCCAUCUGUAAUAAUUCAGAAAGAUUGCGGAUUUGAUGAGAAGGCCCUUUAUCUGUUUACAAAGAUUUUCAUAUCAAACGUCUAUGAUUAUCAUAGACUUAAUAGUGCUGCGGUCACAAUCCAACGUUUUUUUAGACGAAAUAGGGUUUUAAAAACUAUGCAUUCUGAUGACGCUAAUGAACAAAUGCAGUCAGCAAAAACUAAGUUUGUUCAUGGGUCUCCUGAACAGACAAACUGUGAAAAAAUUUUGCGCGAAUGCAGCGUGAUGAAGGAAGAGCAAUCAGCAAUUGUCAUACAGAAAUAUGUUCGAACAUGGCUGGCAAAGAAAUUGUUUCGUAAAAUGCGUGAGGAAAAAAUUCUGUCAGAACGUGAACAAGCUGUAUGUAUUCUGCAGAAAUAUACUAGAGUUUGGUUAGCUAAAAGAUUAUUUCGUAGAAUGCAAGCUGAAGAAAUUUUUCAGAAGCGAGAGCAUGCAGCAAUUACUUUACAGCGAUAUGCUCGUGGUUGGAUUGCUCGUAAAAAGUUCUCCGAGAUUUAUCCAAAAUCAACCAAAUAUGAACGAACAUCUUUCAGUGCAAGCCUCACUUCUCACAGUUCUUCCUCUAUAAAAGUAUGCUCAGUUGAUGAAGCUGCAAGCGAAAAAGAUGGAAAUAUCAUAAGCAAUAGAGAUCGUAUUCGAAUGUUUCGUGAGCUUGAAAUACGACAUUAUUGUUUGCGAAAAAGACAUCAGAGAUUUGUACGAAUACUAAAAGAAAAUAUUAAACUGAUGCAGUCAAGUAAGACGACGAAGGAAGUGCGCACAAAAGCUGCUACACUUAUACAGGCUUGGUGGCGUGGCAACUUUGUUCGCAAACGUCACAUUAGUGUUUGUUGUAAAUUGCCUAUCAGUUAUACUCCUAACUGUGUUCAUUUAUCUGAUGAAAUGCAAUAA